CACCCCUUGAAUAAAAAAAGCAAGACCUAAUGAUGAUCGCGCAGUUCGAGACAGCUAUUAGAGAUGCCGAUCUGUUUUUGCUUCUUGACCGCACGCCGCCCGACGCUCAUCUCGGACUGGUUCCUCUCUUUCCACCUUAUCACGUGUCGGUGUUGGUCUCGUUAUCGUCGCCGGAGGGGCAGCGAGCUCCAAGAAGCCGUACUACGAGGAAAACUCGAUAGCGCCGCCGUCAAGCCUCGUCGUUUUCGGGCACGCCGACUAAUCUGUUUCAGUCCUCAACGGCCUUCUGCUGGUCUCCGGUCAUCAGCGGCUAGCAGUUCCAGCAAGCAUGUCGGACGCGUCGGGAGAAGCAGUUAUCCUGUCCGGUCGGCAAAUAGCCAAAGAGAUCCGUGAAAAGUUGGCCGUUGACGUGAAGGAGAUUAAGGCUAAGCACCCAGAAUUCAAGCCUCUCCUGACCAUUGUUCAGGUGGGCGGACGGGAAGACUCUAAUGUCUACAUCCGCAUGAAGCGUCGUGCUGCCGAAGAGGUUGGCUGUGAUUCUCAGCAUGUCAAGUUCCCCAGGAGCAUCACUGAAGAAGAGCUCGUGAAAGAAGUGGAAGCUCUGAACCGCGACCCCAACAUUCACGGGAUUAUCGUACAGCUUCCGCUGGACUCGGAGAACACAAUUGAUUCCAACCGCAUCACGAACGCAGUCUCGCCCGACAAAGAUGUUGACGGGAUUCACGAUCAAAACGCAGGGCGCUUGGCUCACGGCGAGCUUGAGGGUUUUUUUGUACCCUGCACCCCAAGGGGCUGUCUGGAGCUCAUCAAGCGUUCAGGCGUGACCAUUGCUGGAUCCCGGGCAGUGGUGCUUGGACGUAGCAAGAUUGUCGGCUCGCCCAUGUCCGCCCUGCUGCUGUGGAGCCACGCUACUGUGACCACCUGCCACUCCAAAACCAAGGACCUGGCUGCCAGGUGCCGUGAAGCAGACAUUUUGGUGGUCGCCAUUGGCCGGCCACGGAUGGUCAAGGCAGACUGGGUCAAGCCGGGAGCUGUGGUCAUAGACUGUGGAAUCAACGCCAUUCCUGAUGCGACGCGCAGCUCGGGGUCCCGCCUGGUGGGAGAUGUGGACUUUGACGAGGUGAAGAAGGUUGCCUCGUACAUCACGCCGGUCCCGGAGGGGGUGGGCCCCAUGACGGUGGCCAUGCUCAUCAGCAACACGGUGGACUCUGCCAAGCGGUGCCUCAAGGCCUCUCUCGCCCCAAGCUGGACUAUGCGGUUCCUGCCGCUCCAGCGGCAGUUCCCGGUUCCAUCGGAUAUUGACAUCGCCUGCUCGCAAAGACCCAAGGACGUCGCCGAGCUGGCCCGGGAAAUGGGCCUCGGUCAGGAUGACUGGGAGCCGUACGGCCGCCACAAGGCCAAACUCAACCUCUCCCUCCUCGACCGACAAGGCGCCGACGGGCACUACGUUCUGGUGACCGGCGUGAAUCCGACACCGCUGGGCGAAGGCAAGAGCACGACUUCGGUGGGGCUGGUUCAGGCCCUGGGGGCGCACCUCGGCCAAAACGCGAUCGCCUGCCUGCGACAGCCGUCGCAAGGCCCUACGUUCGGCAUCAAGGGCGGGGCGGCCGGCGGCGGUUACGCUCAAGUGAUCCCCAUGGAUGAGCUCAACUUGCACCUCACCGGCGACAUGCACGCCGUGACGGCUGCGAAUAAUCUGCUCGCCGCCCAACUCGAUGCAAGAAUGCUGCACGAGGCGACUCAGAGCGAUGCCGCCCUGUUUGCGCGGCUGGUGACGCCUCGCAAGGGCGCCAAGUGCUUCACGGAGUCGCAAAAGCGGAGGCUGGCCAAGCUGGGCAUCCCGACCGAUUUGGAGCCCGACCAGCUGAGCCCCGAGCAAAUGAGACGGUUCGCAAGGCUCGAUGUGGAUCCGGCGAGCAUUACCUGGAACAGGGUGAUGGACACAAACGAUCGGUUCCUGCGGCGCAUCACCGUGGGCCAGGGACCGGCUGAGUGCAAGGUGUCGCGAGAGACGCAGUUCGACAUCACCCCUGCAAGCGAAGUGAUGGCCGUGCUGGCACUGGCCAACGACCUGCAAGACCUGCGCGACCGUCUUCGUCGCAUCGUGGUUGGAACCAGCCGCCAGGGAGAGCCUGUUACCGCUGACGAUCUGGGUGCUGCGGGCGCCAUGUUGGUGCUGUUGCGAGAGGCGUCGUGCCCAACGCUGCUGCAAACCCUGGAAGGCACCCCCGUACUCAUCCAUUGCGGUCCCUUCGCCAACAUUGCGCACGGCAACUCGUCCGUCAUCGCCGACCGGAUAGCCCUGAAGCUGGUCGGCCCCCGAGGAUACGUCGUGACCGAGGGGGGUUUUGGCGCCGACAACGGCAUGGAGAAGUUUGUCGACAUCAAGUGCCGCGCGUCGGGGCUCUCCCCUAGCGCCGUCGUGAUCGUCGCCACACUGCGGGCUCUCAAGGUCCACGGAGGCGGGCCACCGGUCUUGCUGGGGUCCCCGCUGCCACCAGAGUACGGUUGCGAAAACAUCCCCCUGCUACGCCAGGGUUUCUGCAAUCUGGCUCGCCACAUCGAGAACUGCGGGAAGCUGGGUCUGCCGGCCGUGGUCGCCAUCAACGGCUUCUCGUCGGACAGCAAGGCAGAGCUGGAACUCCUGCGCGAGCUAAGCCUCGCGGCCGGCGCCAAAGACGCCGUGAUCUGUAGCCACUGGGCCGACGGCGGCGAGGGCGCCCUGGACCUUGGACGCGCCCUCAUGAAGGCCUGCGCUGAGCAGCGUCCCAAGCUGCGGUUUGCGUACGACCUCAAUAUGAACAUCAUGGCGAAGAUCGACGCCGUGGCGCGUACCAUCUACGGCGCUAGCGGUGUGGACCUCAGGGAGGAGGCUAAGGCGCAGGCCGAGAGGUUUGAGAAGCAGGGCUAUGGCAAGUUGGCCGUCUGCAUCGCCAAGACGCCGCUCUCGUUCUCCCACGAUCCUAAAUUGCUGGGCGCUCCCAAGGACUUCGUGCUGCCCGUGAGGGAGUUGCGACUCAGCGCUGGCGCGGGAUUCGUCUACGCGCUGGCGGGAGACGUGACAACCAUGCCUGGUCUCCCGACCAGACCGACCUUGAUGGACAUUGAGCUCCAUUUGGAGACCGGUUAUCCCACGGGUCUUUUUUGAAUUAUUCAAAUCAUUUUUGUGUGAUUCAAACUUAAUCUUGUGCGUAUGCGUAAAGUCUAGACAUAUAUGUGACGUAUACAAGCGUAAAGUAUACUGCAUGUGGCAAGUCCAUGCAGUUAUGCACUUUGUAUAAGAAUUAUUGACUCUAAUUUUUCUAUGGCGCAGUCAUAACUGCACCCAACAAAAGUGGCAUGCCAUUUCCCGUGGUCUGGCCAGGUGGCUGAAAUUAAACCUCAGUCCUCCGCUGGGGCAUGGCAGAUGCCCGUCAAAUUUAGCAGAUUGUUUUCGAGGGCCCGCUACCACUAUGGGCCUGGGCGUCAUAGCAUGCGUCGAAGUGGCAAAUGUGUUAGUCCUUAUGGCCACGCUCUGUAUAUGAUGACGACGCAAAUGAACUAAAAGCAAUAAUAUUUUCAAAAUAUCACGAAAGUUUUAGGACAAACCCUUUCAGUCUACCUUUUAUAGAAACGCUGAGCGGCAAUCACAAUGCUUGUUUUCCUAACCAACAUUUUUUUUUUCACUCGGCGCCGUGAUCCAGGCGAAUAAUCACGCUGAAAGGAUCAAAAUGGUUUACCAUAACUUAUACGCACCUUCGUACUCGGAUCAAAUCUGGCCUAAAAUAGCGCGUACCUAAGGUAAAAUUUUCUUGUACAGGAUAAACUGGCAAUGGCAUACUGGCUGUUGAGGUUUGUUCUUGACAAGAUGCCAGUCAAUUCAUUUUGAAAAUAAGCAUUACCCUUGCGAAUUUAUAUUUUAUUUUAUUUAUUUAUUUGUUACAUACUGCAAGCCUCCAUUAGGCCCUUGCAGGAUAGUGGUCCUACAGAUGCAAAUAAAAGAAAAAGACAUUUC